AGUGGUCAAGGUUCUCGUAUCACCUAGAUUGUGGCAGAGCUAUUUUGAUAUACACCAUGAAGACUGUAGACGAUAUUUUCGAGCAAAUCCAGGGAACAGGAUUGUACCACAAGCGGUUAUUGUACUACCUGUUGACUCCCAUUUUCUUUGUCACACCUUUUGUGUUCUUGAACCAAAUAUUUGUCCUUCAUAUUCCUGAUCAUUGGUGUGAUCCCCCAUCUGGAUUAACACCCGCGGAAUUGAAUUUGAAUCUGGAAGAAUGGAAAGACCUCAUGUUGCCCAAAGUCCUUGGACCCGAUUAUCAGAUGCGUUGGAGCCAAUGUCACAUGUACAAUGUUCAAAAUCAAACCUUAGAGUCCAUAUUGAGGGACAAGAACCUUACUGGGAUGCCUCAAAUUUCCUGUGAAGAAGUCAACGGAUAUCAGUAUGAUAAAAGCGAAAUGAUUGCAACAGCAGUGUCCGAUAACGACUGGGUUUGCUCUCGACAGAACUACGCCACCAAUUUGUACACCAUUGGUGUGGCUGGAUUGAUUGUUGGGUCAGGAUUGUUGAGUGCUCUAGCCGAUUUCAAAGGACGAAAAUACUCCUUUUUCAUCAGCACCUUGUUAGUAAUAAUAUGUUCGAUAGCUCCCAUUUGGUUUUCCCACUCCUACUUGUGGUACUGCAUCUUCAAAGCCCUUUCCUUUGCCUGUAUGAUGCCUCUGUUUCAAAGUCCAAUGAAUAUUACCACAGAAAUCUCAACCAGCAAGAUGAGAGGUUACGUGAUUGGAAUCGCCUGCAUAUCGUGGUCCUUGGGCAAUUGUGCCCUUCCUCUUUUGGCGUGGUUGGUCAAUUGGUGGACCACUCUCAGGAUUCUCUGUGUGGCUCCUCUAUGCUUCAUUUUCUUCUAUUAUGAAAUGCUCCCAGAAUCCCCUCGUUGGCUGAUAUCAAAAGGUCGAACAGACGAGGCCUUGGUUAUCAUUAAAAGAAUUGCCAAGAUCAACUAG